GCCUCUCCCAGAAGAGACAGGGAUGGAGUCUCUGGGGAGCCCCACGGAGGAUGAAACCACGUCCUCUCCCCCCAACACCCUGAACUUCAACGGGGCCCAUCGGAAGAGGAAGACCCUGGUGGCACCCGAGAUCAACAUUUCCCUGGACCAGAGCGAGGGCUCCAUCCUCUCUGACGAUUUCCUGGACACCCCAGACGACCUGGACAUCAACGUGGACGACAUUGAAACCCCCGACGAGACAGAUUCCCUCGAGUUCCUGGGCAACGGCAACGAGCUGGAAUGGGAAGAUGACACCCCGGUGGCCACGGCCAAGAACAUGCCAGGGGACAGCGCGGACCUGUUUGGGGACGGGGGCACCGAGGAUGGCAGUGCCACCAACGGGCGCCUCUGGAGAACCGUCAUCAUCGGCGAGCAGGAGCACAGGAUCGACCUGCAGAUGAUCAAACCCUACAUGAGGGUGGUGACGCACGGAGGAUACUACGGAGAAGGUCUGAACGCCAUCAUCGUCUUUGCUGCCUGCUACCUCCCCGACAGCAACCUGGCAGAUUAUCACUACAUCAUGGAGAACCUCUUCCUGUGAGUGCCCGGGAGGGACAGCAGCCUGGGGGAGCU